CGGAAAUGAUGCGCUCUUACUUUGAAAGAGCGAAAUUUAAAAGCGUCGCCCGUCAAAACAGAAGACACGCAAACAAAACAACAAACGUGCGACUAGAAAAGACAACAAAACGGCGCCGGGCAUGUCUGCAAAGUGACGAUUUCCGUCCCGUGACGUCAAUUUUGGGCCUGCGGCGUCAGACCAAUGUGUGACUUCUGACCCCAACAUGAAGAAGAAAGCCAGGCGCCCGCAGGAAGUGGUCAGCGGCAGCGAAAUGCUGCUGCAGUGUUGCCUUUUGUGCCGAAACGCCGAGGACGACCCGGCCCUGUUUGGCGACAAAAUCACGCGGGCGGAGGACAAGAUCUGUGUGCACUACUUUUGCUUGCUGACGUCGUGCGGCGUUUACCAGCGCGGCGAAGACGGCGAAGGCGUCCUGGGCUUCCUGGUGGACGACAUCAAGCAAGAGAGUCGGCGCUCGUCGCGACUGACGUGCUGCGCGUGCAAGAAGAAGGGCGCCUGCGUGGGCUGCAACGUGAAAAGCUGCCGGAAGACGGUUCACUUCCCGUGCGGACGCAAAAGCGGCUUCGUGUCGCAGUUCGCCGAAAACUUCCCGUCCUACUGCCCGGACCACAGCCCCCUGCAGUCGCCGUGCGCCACCUCCAAGGCGGACCCGCCCGAGUUGUGCUCGGUGUGCUUGGAUGCCCUGGACGGCGACCUGUCCUACCGGGUCCUCAAGUGUCCGUCGUGUCACGCAAGUUGGUUCCACAGAGACUGCGUGCAGCGGCAAGCGCACAGCGCCGGCCUCUUCUUCUUCAGAUGCACCUUGUGCAACAACAAGGACGAGUACCAGCGAGAGAUGCUGCGGAUGGGGAUUUACAUCCCCGAGAGAGAUGCAUCGUGGGAGUUGGAGGCCAACGCGUACGCCGACCUGUUGGAGGUGUACACGCACUGCGACGCCCACGUGUGCCUCUGCGCCAACGGCCGCGCGCACUCCGCCAAGACCGGGUGGUUCGAGGCUCUCCGCUGUCUGCUGUGCGGGUCCAGGGGGACGCACAGGAAGUGUUCGGGUCUCGAGGUGGACACCGUGGACUGGGCCUGUCCCGAAUGUACCAAGUCCGCCGAGGGAAACGCCUCCCAGGUCGCUUCCCCUCGGGCGGCCCCGAGGCGGACUCCGGCGUCAAAGCGUCGCCUCCACGCGCCCCCCUCGCCCGUCAGCCGCAAAAAGCCGUCGUCGGCGUCCGCCUCCCCCGAGGAGCUCCUGCGCGCUCUGGCGCCCGCGGCCCGGGGGGCCGAGCUCCAGGUGGAGGUGGUCGGCGAACGGGCGCUGGCGGCCGCCCUGGAACUGGUCAGGAGGCCCGACUUCGACGCGACGCGCCGGCUCUUCGUCAGGUUUGCGGAAAGGCGACGGGCGGCGCCCCUCGGCGAGACGGCCAGACAGAAGUUCUUUGCGCUGUUGAUGGAGCAGAUCGAACAGUCGGACGUUUUUGAAGGGCCGCCGGGAUGUAAGGACAUCGCGCUCCACUCGCAAGCGCUCCGGGACGACCUGUACUUCGACGCGGGCCGGCUGCUGGCCUGGUCGCUGACGUGCGGCGGCCCACCGCCGGCCUUCUUCUCUCCGCCGCUCUACCGCCGCCUCUUGGACUUGUCGGACCCGUCCGACGGCCCGCCGGCCGCCCGUGAGAUCGCAGAGGCGGAGUCUGGGGAGGCGGGGGGUUGCAAUCGACCAACGGGGAGGCUGGAAGUGAGAGGCGGCCUGGCGGAGGACCCGGCGGGCUUCACGCUGAUCGCCGGGACGCAGCUUCCUCUGCGCAGGUUUCGGGAAGGCCUGCAGACGCUCGGCGUCUUGGACCAGGUGCAGCUGUGCCCGUCGGCGUUCCGCCACGUCUUCUGCGCCGAGGACGCCGGCGUAGAUCUACGCCGCCGAGGGGACGCCCGCCGGUGGCCUCGCGGAGGCACUUCCUGUCCGACUGCCAAGCGGGCCGCCGCCGCGUCUUCGCCACAGGAUCGGUGACGCCGCCGGCCCGCCGCCGCCUCCCUCCAUCUCUUUCGUCCACCCUCGCGAAGAUGACAACGGCGAUGAUGAGGAGCGGCGGCGGGACGAGGGUCUCUUCCCGCAGAGCGAUCCCGAGCGGGACCGGCUCCCCGCUUCCCGUGGCGUCGUCCUGCCCGCCGUUGAAAAGCGCCACGGAGCGGGCCGGCGCUCACGAGCGAGGGCAAAACAAAAGACGUGCGCUGGUCUGAAUACGCUCCACCCAAAGUGAUUUGCGCUUUGGCAUUUUUUGGGGGGGGUCACACCUAUCGUCUGUCAUUUGCUGAAAAACAGUUUGAAUGAUUUGUGCUGACAUCUCCGGCGUCCUCUGCUGGCAUUUGUGGGAAAUUACGGUGCGGCUGCGGUUCACAAAAAGUACCACGGAAAAAAUUCUUCGAGGUCCAAGUUCCACCAUCCUGGCCAGCAUUGAAAUACACGAGCGAUGGAGGCUCAAGUGUGUUUAUUAUUGAAUGCUGCUGUCACAUUUUGUACACUUUCAAUAAUGACACUACAGAAAAAUACAUUGGGAAAACGUAUAAUUGUUCAAUUAACACAGUGCAUCUGCAUACAACUUGUACAUAAGUUAUGUAAAAAACAAACUUUUUUCCCCCCAAAAAAACAACAUUUUUGGCUGUUUUCUCUCAUAAAUGUGCAAAAAAUUUUCUCAAAAAUGGCCACAAAAAGUCAAUUUUACAAGAUGAAAGUCGUAUUUUUGUAGUCUUGUAGUAAGUCAUUUCCCCCCCCCCCAAUAUAAUCAUAAUUUGUAGCUAUAUGAAGAGCUAUACUUUUGAUGAAGCCUUUUUUUUUUUAUGACCAGAAAUGAUAUUUUAGAUUUAUUUUGAAGUUGAGGUUUGUUUUGGGGGAACUCCCCCCCCCCCC